CACAUGGUCUGCCUGGACCCUGAGCUAGAGGCUGCCCCAGAGGGCAAGUGGAGCUGCCCACACUGUGAAUCCGAAGGUGUCCAGGAACAGGAAGAAGAUGAACAUAUGGAGUUUUGUCGAGUUUGUAAAGAUGGCGGAGAGUUACUGUGCUGUGACAGUUGCCCCUCAGCCUAUCACACGCAUUGUCUGAAUCCACCAAUCACAGGCCUCCCUGAUGGUACAUGGGUGUGUCCUAGAUGUAAUUGUGAGCCUUUGAAAGGAAAGGUUCGUAAGAUCCUCACGUGGCGGUGGACAGAGCCCCCUAAAGGUGGAGAUGAGUUGGACCACACACCAAGCAGUCCAACUAAGAAAAC